AAUGUUUACAAUAAUUUAAUAUUAGAAAGAACUUACAAUAUUUUUUAUCACAUUAAUAGUAUAUAUUAAUUGCAAUUUAUUGAAAAUAAGUUAUGAUGGAUGUUAAGUUGGAAGUUGAUACAUUGUCAAUGUGUCGUAUAUGCCUUCAAAAUAGCGAAGAAGGUGAAGAAAUGGCGUCUAUUUUCGACCAAGAUGCCGAUUCAAUUUGUCUGUACGAAAAAAUUGAGAGUUGUGGUGGCAUAAAGAUUCUCACCGAACCGGAACUUCCAACCCGUAUUUGCACAAAAUGUAAUGGCUUCCUUACAAUAGCACAUAAGUUUCGUAUAAUAUGCAAAAACUCUGACGAUUAUUUGCGUGAAUUUGUUUGCAAAUCUUCUGAUGAUUGCGAAGAUGAGGACAAUAAUUCAGAGUACACCAUGGAGUACAGUCCAAAAACAUCAGUUACACAAAAUCUGCAGCAAACGAGUCAAAAUAACGACGAGACGCAAGCUAUUGAUUAUGAAGAAGUAGCAGUGUAUUCAGAAAUUUGGUUGCAGGAUGGAGACAAUGAAGACGAUCUAAUUGUUGAAGAUCACGGAGAUGGUUCCCAGCAUUUCCAAAACCCUCAAAACCAGAAUACAAACCCCAGCCCUUCAAGGAAAACAUUAGGUAUAUCGUCGGACGGUGCGGCUGUUAUACGUGUAAGAAAUGACAGACAAGUAAAUAAAGAAAAACAAAUUCACAUAUGUGACAUAUGUGGUAAUGUGUAUCCGCGUAAGUAUGCGCUAGAGGCGCAUAUGAGGCGACAUCGUAAUGAACGACCAUAUGAAUGCGAAAUCUGUUCGCAAUCAUUUCAUCUAAAUUUCCAACUAACGCGGCAUAUACGCAAACAUACUGGUGUGCGGCCGUAUGCGUGCCAGUAUUGCAAAAGGACUUUUGCUGAUCGAUCCACAAUGCUUAAGCAUGAGAGGAUUCAUCGCAAUGAGAGGCCUUAUACAUGCGACGUUUGUGGGAAAAGCUUUACCUAUUCCAGUGUUCUAAAAGUACAUACGCUAACACACACGGGAGAAAAACCUUUUACAUGUGGCAUUUGCGGUAAAAGAUUUUCUCGUGCUCAUCACCUGCGAGCGCAUUUGGAAACGCUGUUGCAUCAGAGUGAUCCUCGUUCAAAAAUACUGCUCAAGCAAAUCAAGCGUGAAGAAGGUCUGGGAAACGUAUGUGAAGAUUUAUUAAAUGCGUAAUAAAGACUUGUCAUGACAUUAACAUUGGCUACAAAGUGUAGAGAUUAUAUCCUGUGAAACAUUUGAUUUUUCGAAGUUAAACCAUGGCAAAAUGUAAAUCUGUCCCAUAAGAAGAUGUGGGUAUAACUUCUGUCUGUUUGUAAAACUAAAUUUUUUUUAAAUUGUACCAUCCGAUCAUUUUUAAAGUAGCUAGUACGAUUGGGUUAUACCUGCGAAUUUGUUUUUUUACAGUUAAGCUAAAUAUUAAAAUAACAGUAAAAGUGAUUAUAUGAAUGUUGGCAUAAAAGAUCACACUUUUUUCACGUUUUGUGAAAUAUUUUUCUUAAUCAUAGUCAACUAGCAGCGAAAAUAAUUACAUUUUUUACAUUACACACAGAAUAUAUAAUUUUAUUGUAUCAAAUAUACAGAAAUUCAUUGGCGAAACUUUGUGAUAGACUUUGUUGUUAAAAGUGCAAAACAGUAAUAAUUUUCCAUUGCGUUAUGCUUCUAGAAUGUAGAAAAAUCAAAUGUAAUAAACAUCCCAAUUAAG